GUCUUCUUGUCCUGCCCCUCUGUGAUCUUCUCGAAGACAUUGUAUACCACACAUACUCAAAAUGGUGUCUAUGAAGCUCAGCGCACUUGCGCUCUUUGCAUUGAAUGCUUUCUCUGCCUACGCUCAGGCCGCCGAAGUCGAGCAGGAGAUCCAGGAGCCUACCCUCCAGCAGUCGCCUAGAUUGAACGUCGAUGUCUCUGUUUCAUUCCCCAGCUCAGAGGUCUUUGGUGUCAAGCUCGUCAACGGCCACGCGACCAACGCCGUUCUGUCCAUUGCCAACCAUGAGACGGCACCCAUUCACCUUCGCUUCGUCGGCGGUUCUCUCUUGACCCCCUCCGGAGCACCCGGAGCUCCCGACCCACCCAAGGCUCUCAGCAACUUGACCAGCACCAAGUACGACUUGUUGGUUCCUGCUGGCGAGAAGGAGACUGCCACUUACAGCUUCGCUGUUGACAUGCACCCCAAGGAUGUCAACCUUAACCUGGCAGCUGUCUUCCAGGACCAGGCUGGCAUGCUCCACACCUUCCCUGCUUACAACGGCACCGCCUCUGUUGUUGAGGCUCCCACCAGCUUCUUCGAUCCUCAGAUCAUCUUCCUCUACCUCGUUCUCACUGGUGUCUUCGCCGGUACCGUUUACUUCAUCUACAACACCUGGGUUACCACCUUCUUCCCCCAGAAGAAGAGAGGCGGCAAGGGUGGUGAGCGCGCCAAGCGCUCAUCCGGUGGCACCAAGAAGGUCGACCCCGCUGACCAAGUCGCCGUUGUCGGUGCUGAUGGCCCUGCUGUCACCAGCGGUGCUAUGGCUUAUGACGAGUCUUGGAUCCCUGCCCACCACUUGUCUCGUCCUCAGGCCAAGCGCGUCGCAUCUGGCGCCAAGCCUAGAUCGAGAAGCAGACCUGCCGCAUAAACAAUCAGUUCAGGUCAUUGAGCAUCUCGUGUGAAGAAAACGAGAGCUUGGAAAGAUUUGUAUAUUGCAUGGAGAGGAUGUAUUCUAGCACCAAAAAGGAAAGGGCAAAUUUAGGAUAGCACAGCUCAUUUCGAGAUGGAGCGAAUGGCAAAACGAUCAUUACGCCUUUUAUCCCAUAGCCUCAGUCGAUUACGCCAG